CCCAUCGACGCCCCUUCUCAGUUUAUCUCAGAGCCUCCUGCGGCUUCCCCCUCCUCUCUUCCGCUCCUCCCCAUCUCCGCUUCGUCUUCUUCUUCUUCUUCCUCCUGUGCCCUGGGUUCCGUCUUCUCCUCUUGCUCCACUUGCAGAGCAGCUACUGUUUGCGGUCGUGUGCACUGCUAACAAGGUGGGAAGCAGAGGAGAAGUGCUGCCACAAUGGCCGGAGACCAGCUCCAAGUGCUCAACGCCCUUGACCUAGCCAAGACGCAAUGGUACCACUUCACGGCCAUCGUCAUCGCUGGCAUGGGCUUCUUCACCGACGCCUACGACCUGUUCUGCAUCUCCCUUGUCUCCAAGCUCCUUGGCCGCAUCUACUAUUUCGACCGCGACUCGCCCACCCCCGGCACGCUCCCGCCCAACGUGUCUGCGGCCGUCAAUGGCGUGGCUUUCUGCGGCACCCUCUCCGGCCAGCUUUUCUUCGGGUGGCUUGGUGACAAGCUCGGUCGCAAAAAGGUCUACGGCAUGACUCUCAUGCUCAUGGUCAUCUGCUCCGUCGCUUCCGGCCUCUCCUUCGGCCACGACCCUAAGGGCGUCAUAGCCACACUCUGCUUCUUCCGCUUUUGGCUGGGCUUCGGCAUCGGCGGCGACUACCCGCUCUCCGCCACCAUCAUGUCGGAGUAUGCCAACAAGAGGACACGCGGAGCCUUCAUCGCUGCCGUCUUCGCCAUGCAGGGCUUCGGCAUCCUCACCGGCGGCAUCGUCGCCCUCAUUGUCUCCGCCUCCUUCAAGAGCCGCUUUGACGCGCCGGCCUACCAGUUCGACCGGGAAGGCUCCACCGUAUCGCAGGCCGAUUACAUCUGGCGCAUAAUUCUCAUGCUGGGAGCCCUCCCGGCCGCCCUAACCUACUACUGGCGGAUGAAGAUGCCAGAGACCGCGCGAUACACCGCCCUGGUAGCCAAGAACGCGAAGAAGGCGGCCGCCGACAUGUCCAAGGUCCUCCAGGUGGAUAUCGUCGAGGAGCAGACCAAGGUGGAGCAGCUGACCAUGAAGGAGGCCAACAGCUUCGGCCUCUUCUCCAGGGAGUUCGCUCGCCGCCACGGUCUCCACCUCGUCGGCACCACCACCACGUGGUUCCUCCUCGACAUCGCCUUCUACAGCCAGAACCUGUUCCAGAAGGACAUCUUCACCGCCAUCGGUUGGAUUCCGAAGGCGGCCACCAUGAACGCCAUCGAGGAAGUGUUCAGGAUCGCCCGGGCGCAGACCCUCAUCGCGCUCUGCGGCACCGUACCGGGCUACUGGUUCACCGUGGCCUUGAUCGACACCAUAGGCCGGUUCACCAUCCAACUCAUGGGCUUCUUCUUCAUGACCGUCUUCAUGCUCGGCCUCGCCAUCCCCUACAACCACUGGACCACUCAUCACAUCGGCUUCGUCAUCAUGUACGGCUUCACCUUCUUCUUCGCCAACUUCGGGCCCAACAGCACCACCUUCAUCGUGCCGGCGGAGAUCUUCCCCGCGCGGCUGCGAUCCACAUGCCACGGCAUCUCGGCGGCCGCGGGCAAGGCCGGGGCCAUCGUGGGCGCCUUCGGGUUCCUGUACGCGGCACAGAACAGCACGGACCCGACGAAGAGGGACAAGGGCUACCCGGCCGGAAUCGGCGUCCGCAACGCGCUCUUCGUGCUCGCGGCGUGCAAUUUUUUGGGCGUGAUCUUUACCUUCCUAGUGCCGGAAUCGAAGGGGAGGUCGCUCGAGGAAAUGUCCGGCGAGAACGAAGACGAGGAACAGAUGGAAUCCGCAGCCCCUCACAACAGGACGAUGCCUGCUUAAUAUUAUUAUUAUACAUCCCCUCCCUCCCUCAUUGGCUAGUAAUAUCAUAUUGAUAUGUCUGUAAUUCUCUCUAUUCCCUCCAAACUCCUCCGACGCAGCUCUUCCCGGUGGAAGAAGAGACGGUGUCGCAGGUAAAUGUGUGGAAGUGCUCUUUGGCAUCAAGGUUUACGCUCCUCCGUUCAUGCUUGAA